AUGGAUAUCGACGACGAGGAUGACUUUUAUGUGCCAGAUGAGCCAAAGACCGAGACCGCAGCUCCAGAGGAUAAGAAGCCAAAAGCAGAUGAUCUAGAAGAAGGCGAAGAAGAGGAUGAGGGUGCCGCUAUGGAUGAGGACGAUGACUCUGAUGAGGACGACUCAGACAUCGACAUCAUCACAGAGCGCAAAGAUGGCACAAAACCAGCACCACCACAACAGUCCAAGUACAGCGAUAUUCGAAACAUCCCUCAAAGAACAGCGUCAAGCGAUGUGCCAACACAACCUGCGCCAGCACGCAAGGACUCCGAAUCACGACCAUCUGUCAACGUUGCUGCGCCAAGCGCCGACAAGACUUCUGCUGCGGCAUCUAAAUCAACGAUAGACGUGAACGUAAACCCGAUCCACCCUGGGACAGGAAAGCCUAUCACUCAGGUCAACAUUGACGAAGACAGUGACAAGCCAUGGCGGAAACCCGGUACCGAUAUUAGCGACUACUUCAACUACGGUUUCGAUGAAUUCACAUGGGCCCUUUACGCUUCCAAGCAAGAGACCGUUCGGGGAGAAUUCGGAGCUGAUGUCUUUGCCCAGAACAAUAAGAAGAUGAUGGAAGACUUCAACAUGAUGAUGAUGGGCGGUAUGGGUAUGCCAGGAGCCGGCAACUCGGGUGCUCAACAAGGGGGGAUGCCUGGUGGAAUGGACGGCAUGCCUCCUGAAAUGCAAGCCAUGAUGCAGCAGAUGAUGGCAUCAGGUAUGGACCCGAGCCAAAUGGAUCCCAGUCAGAUGAACGCCAUGUUCUCCGGUAUGCAAAACGCUGGAGGAGCGGGUGCACAAGGAGCACAGGGUGGCCAAGGGGGCAACUUUGGCGGUGGUUUCGGCGGCAAUCAAGGUGGUUUUGGGUAUGAUCAAAAUAUGUCUGGAGGUGGAGGCGGCGGCGGCGGCCGGGGAGGAUUUGGGGGUCGCGGACGUCGAGGGAGAUGGUAG